AGGCUAGAAUCGAGGAGGAAGGCGUACGUUUUCUCGCCCACAUUGUCCGUUGCGAAGGGGACCAUUUCGGACAAAAUGGUGGGGAAGAGAGGGAGGCGGCCAGCGGAGAAGGCUGAAGAAAAGGCUUCUAAGCUUGAAAACACUGAUCCUGCUUCUGGAGGAAUGGAAAGUCAACCUGAAUGUGUAAAUCCUUCAGCACAGACCAAGGAAUCACCAACUGAAGACAUAAAUCCACUGAAAACCCAUGCAAAGUCAAGGAAAAAGGCGAAGGUUGCUGCUUCGACCACUGUCAGGCGGUCUCAAAGAUUUCAAAGUGCAGUUAUGCCUGCUGUAAACAAGGAUAUUGAACAAGUUAUUGAUGAGGUAACGGUUAGUGACGGUGGGAAAGAAGAGGAUCCAACUAAUUAUGGGGGUGAUGUAGCCAAACCAAGCUUGGUGCAGAAAAAUUUGGAAGAUAGAGUUUACUUCAUUGAACGACAAUUGGAAACACUACAAAGGACAGUAGAUGAAUUAAAGUCUAAGCCAUCAAAGGAUUCUCACACUAGUGAAAACUCAAGGGCAGCAGAUGUCAAUUACAGAAGCCUUUACUUCGACUCUCAGAAGAAGAUUGAGGCCUUGACAGAGGAAAAUCACCAACUUGCUUUGAAGUUGGAGUUUGCACAUGGCAAAGUUGAAGUAUAUGAGACUGGAGCUUCUGUUUUCUCUGAAGUGCUGCAGAAAUUGAAGGAUGUGGUUGUGAUGUCUAACCUGACAAGUACAACUGAAUCAGCAAUGAAUGUAUCUUCUCGACCAAUACUUGAUGCUCUUACUUCAUUGGAGAACACAGGUGUUGAGACCAGAAUUGCCCCUAACAGAGAGAGACCUGGUACUAAAAAGGAAAGUAAAAGGAAGUGAUGUCUACCAAAUUGUCUAUGUAGAUUGGACCAUUUGGAUUUUACGUUUUAGGCUCUAAGUUAGUUCUAUCUGCGUUCAUGGUUAAACUUGUAAUCUUGUACGUUGAUUCUUACAUCAGUAUGCCACCUUCUCCUUACAAUUUUCCUAGCUUCGGUAUGUUCUAUCCAAACAUACCCUUAAGCUUUAGGCAGAACCCCCAAUCCACCCUUCAAAUAGAUUGCAUGGGCAAUC